UGACCUCUUCUACGAUAUUAUAAUAACGACAGAACGUAGUUUUCGUGACAGAAUAAUGAACGUGGGACCACACGAUUACCAAGAGUCUGACGAGGUUUCCGAAGCGUUCUCUGAAGGGACGAUAUCAAGAUGCAACAGCGUGGAGAAAAUGACCGUGACCGUUCUGGCAGACGGCCUGGUAGAGGAGAGGUUUCGCGUCGAUAGAAGAAAGUUAGAGGCGAUGAUAUUGGGAAGCCCCUCUGACCCAUGGGACACCGAGAUAAUGAAGCUUCCGAUUGAUAUAGAAGGUAGAAUUUUAUCAGCUGACGACUUCUUUCAGAGGAUUAUGGAUGAGACGAAGACGGAGAUUAAGUACCCAAAGUUCCUGAAAGUUGGUGCAAGAAACAAAAAAGGUAUAUGA